GAGAUAUUGCUGAUAAAGAUGGACAACCUCACCAACGGCAACACCACUGAGAAUGUCACUACCAAGUAUAAGACUGUGGAAAUGGUAUUCAUCGCCACAGUGACUGGAUCACUUAGCCUUGUCACUGUGGUAGGGAAUAUCUUGGUCAUGCUGUCCAUCAAGGUGAACCGCCAACUCCAGACUGUUAACAACUACUUCCUCUUUAGCUUGGCUUGUGCUGACCUGAUCAUUGGUGUCUUCUCCAUGAAUCUCUAUACGGUAUACAUUAUCAAGGGUUAUUGGCCACUUGGAGCAGUAGUGUGUGACCUAUGGCUGGCUUUAGACUACGUGGUGAGUAAUGCCUCUGUCAUGAAUUUACUCAUCAUCAGCUUUGACCGCUACUUCUGUGUAACCAAGCCACUAACUUACCCAGCUAGAAGGACCACCAAAAUGGCAGGGCUGAUGAUUGCUGUUGCUUGGAUAUUAUCCUUUCUCCUUUGGGCCCCUGCCAUUUUGUUUUGGCAGUUCAUUGUUGGAAAGAGGACAGUUGAAGAAGGUUAUUGUUACAUCCAGUUCCUCUCCAACCCCGCUGUGACUUUUGGCACAGCCAUUGCAGCUUUUUACCUCCCUGUGGUCAUCAUGACCGUGCUGUACAUCCAUAUCUCACUGGCAAGCCGGAGCCGUGUGAGAAGACACAAGCCUGAGAGUAAGAAGGAGAAGAGGUCCAAGCCAAUCAGUUUUCUGAAGAGCCCUCUGGUCAAGCAGAAUAACAACAACUCUCCCAAAAAAUCAGUGGAGGUGAAGGAGGAAGUGAAAAAUGGGAAAGUGGAGGAGCAACCCUUACAGCCAUCAGAGACUACUGGGCAUCAAGAAGAGAAAGAGACCUCCAAUGAAUCCAGCACAGUAAGCAUCACCCAGACCAACAAGGAGAAGCAGGCACUGGACAUUUCUACAGCUGAUCAAGGGCAGAGCCCUGCCCACCCACGUGUUAACCCAGCAUCCAAGUGGUCCAAAAUUAAGAUUGUCACUAAGCAAACUGGCACUGAAUGCAUCACUGCCAUUGAGAUUGUUGCAGACAAAGAAGCCAGUUCCACCCCAAUUACCUUGUCAAACAGCCGUCCAGCCAACGUUGCCAGGAAAUUUGCCAGCAUUGCCAGGAGUCAAGUGAGGAAGAAGCGCCAAAUGGCAGCCCGAGAGAAGAAAGUCACCAGAACCAUCUUUGCUAUCUUGCUAGCCUUUAUCCUGACAUGGACACCAUACAACGUGAUGGUCCUCAUUAAUACCUUCUGUGAUUACUGUGUCCCUGGAACAGUCUGGUCCAUUGGGUACUGGUUGUGCUACGUCAACAGUACUAUCAACCCAGCUUGCUAUGCUCUUUGCAAUGCCACAUUCAAAAAAACAUUUAAGCAUCUUCUCAUGUGUCAGUACAGGAACAUUGGCACAGCAAGAUAG